ACUCGAUGAUAUGAGAACGCCCUCCAAAAAAAAAAAAAAAAAAAAACAAAAACUUUUGUCGGUUGAGAUUAAUUUUAGUUCAACUGCGAUAUCGGGCAGGGGAUUGCUCCAGAAGGUUCUCUUCAGGCCCUCGAGGCGCAAACGACUGCGGAAGCAGAGCUUUGCACAUUCCAUAUCCGGAUAUACAUAAUGGGCGUCGGAACUAGGUUCUUGCUGGCUGUCGUGGGAACAGCGAUUUGUCUAGUCGGAAGCAUGACUGGCGAGAUUCUGCAGUGCUUCCAGUGCAAUGAGGCGGACCAGACGUGCGGAUCACCGCAGAAGCCGCUCGGGCGCAUUGGCGAGUGCCCCCACUCGACCAUGUGCUCGAAAACUGUGUUAACGAUGAGCCUGCUGGAGGGACACCAGUGGAUCAAGACGAUGCGGGGAUGUGCCCAGCAGCUGAACACCACACACGUCUUCGUGAACAAGGCGUGGGUGGAGAAGUCCGUCGUGGAGGAGCCGUACCAAGAGGGCUGCAUCGAGAAGAAGGUGAACCCCGGCAACGCCAUUCUCCUCUGCCACUGCCGCGGACCCUUGUGCAACGCAGCAAGCAGUCUGAUGGCAACUGAUGGCCGACUGCUGCCGCUGAUCCUCUUAGGCUACAUCUGGUUCUGGAGCUGUAGGAAACAGCACUUGUGAUCGAUCGCCUGCUAGUCGGAGGCACUUUUUGGGGAGUGCCCAUGUCCGUGUCCGUGCCCGUGCCCGUGCCCGUGAUGAUGCUUCCUGCUCUCUAAGCCGACUCAAAUUGUGUGAAAUUAGUUUUAAGCAGAUUACAGAUUUAUGUGCGACACUUUCCGACUCGUCAAAACUCGUUCUGAACUUGGAAAUGGAUCGUAAAUACUUGAUUUGACCGGAGCUUAAGCAGUCCAAGCCGAUCCUACCUGGCCGCGUGAUGUGAUAUGAAAUGAAAUGAAAUGAAAUGAAACCCCAGUGACGCAUCGCGUCAGAAGAAAGUGCGAGAUUUGGACAGAAUGUGAUCACAAGGUCAAUGCCAAGGCUGGCCCGUAAAUAAACAUAGUCUAUAUGUAUGUGUGUUCAUUUUUUGUUAUAAUAAAAUAACACCAGCAGCUCCCUGCGGUGUGAAGAUCUGAUCUGAUAUCUGAUUGCAAAUACUCUUAGCAUGCAAAUCAAGUGCCAGCCGCCCGAGCAUCACAAAUCGAACUU